AUGUCGGAGGUCGUCGAAUGGUACACCAACGCGAAUGCUGCCUUACUGACUCACCUUACUAAGGAAAUAAAGGACACCGAUAGCAGUACUAUAUGGAGAUAUCUAGUUGGAUUCAAGAACCUUCUGCGAAGUAUUGAGUGUAAGGGCAUAGCAUCAGUGCUUGGUAUAAAUUACUUCGCGUGGGGAUACCUGCAGUCCAGAGCUCAUGAAAGGUACAUAACUCACAUGGUCCUUGGCCGAGAUCUCCUGGAUAACACAUUAAACCUGGUACCAGCAUUGAUCCCCCUACACAAGGAUAUAAAAGAAGACAGUCCGGAAUACCAGGUUCUGGAAAAGAAAAACCAGCAAAUAGUUGACAACAAGCAACGCGCAGGCAGCGUCACGGAUGCCAUAGAAUACUUCGACCAGACCGCGACGCUGCUGUACAAACUUCGAGCGGUGCAAAAGCAGCUAAGGGAGUAUAUACGGAAUGGCGUCAAUGAGAGUCUACGAAAUGCGCGGCAAAGCGAAGCCGUGUGUGCCGCCAUCUUGGUUCUCGUGUGUGUGAUAUCGCCUAUCAUCAUAGUACUCGUUAGGAAUGCAGUUAAUACCAUACAGGUAUACGCAAGAAACCUAUCAGAGAAAGCAAGAGAAUUAGAAUACGAGAAGGAAUUAAGCGACUCUCUUCUCUACCAGAUGUUGCCGGCGAGUGUUGCGAAACAGUUGAAACAAACACAGCAGGUACCGGCGGAAUUUUUCGCAUCAGUCACUGUAUACUUCAGUGAUAUAGUUGGCUUUACUGCGAUCGCUGCUGUCUCGACCCCAUAUCAGGUUAUAAGUUUUCUAAACUCGGUGUAUAAGCUAUUCGAUGAAAGAAUAGAAUGCUACGAUGUUUAUAAAAUUGAAACUAUUGGAGAUUCUUAUAUGGUCGCGUCGGGGCUGCCUGUGAGGAACGGCAAUAGACAUGCAACAGAAAUAGCAAGCAUGGCACUAGAACUGCUAGAAGCCACGUCGAUGUGUCGGCUGCCGCACCGCCCUGAACAGACUCUCUACAUGAGGAGUGGUAUCCACACGGGUCCGUGUGUCGCCGGUAUAGUUGGCACCAAAAUGCCGAGGUACUGUCUCUUUGGAGAUACCAUCAAUACAGCAAGCAGAAUGGAGAGUACUGGAGAACCAAUGAAGAUACAAAUAUCGGAAGAUGUGAAACGAGCGCUUGACAGAACCGGCUACUUCGUGACAACUCCGCGAGGGAUGGUUGAUGUCAAGGGUAAAGGUGAAAUGAUGACAUUUUGGUUAGAAGGCCGGACGGGACCGUCCCCGGCGCGACCGAGCGCGCCCCUCGACUGCACUCCCACGUUCCUUGAGAGAAUACACUCGCAGGGACGAGCGUCGCCACGUUACCAAACUAAUAAAUAAAUAAUUAAAUAAAUAAAUAAAUCGUAUAAUAUUUUCUAUCAUAAUUUGCUACAUACAUUUAAUGACCCAGGCUCCUAAUAUAGUUAGGUAUAAAUUGUUUUUUAAGAGCCGAAACUAACUAUUAAUAUUUUAUACCAUUUUAUGGGCCUUGUUCACAAUCGAGAACGUUGGCCCAAAUGAUCGUUGAUGAAUGUGUUUGGAAUGUGUUUGUAAAUAACCAAUAGUUUUGAUUAAAACGCUAAACGUUCCAAACUUAAAACUAAAUGAAGUGAUAUGAUUGGUUCUUUACAAAAACAUUCCUCGCUACACAUCCCCACACAUUAUUGGUAGAAAAGCACCCUAAUGCAUCCCUAAUGGCGAUUUUGUAUAAACAUCUACAAUGACGACCGAUUAAGGCCCUCUACACUAUCGUGAUUGCCUCUAUUCGCCCAACGCUGCCCAUUGUGAAGAGGCUCCAUAACCCAUAUAAUUAUAGCAUGUAAAUGUAAUUUCGAUAUAGUAUGUGCAUUAAUUAAUUAUUAUACAUGCAGGACUUUUGAUUUGCUGUAAAUCGAAUUACUCGGCUAUUGAAAGCUCUGUUUUAUUUCCUAAUUAUAUAUUUUUAUAACUGUAGGA